CUCUUCCGGGGAAGACCUAAGUCGGUGUGUGCCCGACCAAUGCCGGGACUGUCCCAAACUGGAACCAGACCCCUGGGCCAGAUCUUACAGCAGAUUUUAGCCCUUGGACAGAAGGAAAUGGCAGGUAAGCGAUUUGAAAGGGAAAAUAUUUCAGCCUUCAAAUCAGAGGCACCAGGCAAGAUCUCUCCAAAAAGACCUCCCAGCGAUGCUGCUCCUGAGCACCCAGGCCAAAGUGAUUCCUCCGGGAGUUUGGGAAAAGGGCAACAGGCAGUUGUUACGGAGGGGAUGGACAGCAAAGAGAGCUACGAGAGCAUCAGAGUUAGGAAACGCAAAGGGGCUGUUGUUUACCGGCAGAUCUACAUGGGAGAGAAACCAAACAUCUGCAUUGAGUGUGGAAAGAGCUUUCGCCAGAGCUCAGAUCUAAUUAAUCAUCGGAGAAUUCACACAGGAGAGAAGCCUUAUACAUGCCCAGACUGUGGGAGGAGUUUCAGCAUGAGCUCAAACCUUCUUAGGCACCGGAGGACUCACACAGGAGAGAAACCCCAUAACUGCACCCACUGCGAGAAAAAGUUCACUGAUAGAUCAACUCUGGUCCAGCACCAGAGAACCCACACGGGAGAAAAGCCUUAUCAGUGCCUGGACUGUGGGAAGACCUUCAGCCGUAGCUCCCAUCAUAAGAGACACCUGAAGAGCCUGGCAGGAAAGCAUCAUGACCAGCGCAGCCAUCUUGAGAACACAGUCAGGGAGGGCUCCCCUGCCCUGAGAAAGGCAGGCAUGGCCAAGAAGAGUGUUCCCAGCAAGUUCCCAAACACAUGCACAGAGUGUUGGCAGAGCUUCAGCCAGAACUCAGACUUGAUCAAGCACCUGCGCAUCCAUACUGGGGAGAAGCCCUACGUUUGUGGCCACUGCGGCAAGUGCUUCAACGUCAGCUCCAACCUUAACCGGCACCAGAGAAUCCACACAGGGGAAAAGCCCUAUACCUGCUUGGACUGUGGGAAGACCUUCACUGACAAAUCCACCCUCACCCAGCAUUAUCGCACCCACACGGGAGAGAAACCUUAUCGAUGCACUUACUGUGGGAAGAGCUUCAGCCACAGUUCUCACCACAAGAGGCACGAGAAAAUCCACAUGGGGGGAAACACUGUUGUGUUUAUGCCCCUGCAGGCCUAUCCCAAUCAAAUGUUUUCAGGUACACAGGUUUCUUGAAAAUGUUGGAAACUUGCCUCUGGCUGGGUGGGGAGAAUUGUUCUCUGGAGAUCUCAACCCAUUUUCCUGUAUAACCUCUCUUCUUAAACUGACUGAUAACUUAGUACCUCAGAACAAGAAACUCCAGUAUUAGACCCACUUACAUGGGGGGGAAACGAUGCCUAAACGCAUAGGGUUCUGACAGUGCAAUCCUAAUCUGGGUUACAUUUAAACCCAUUGAUUUGGGUGGAUUCAGAAUUAUAUAACUGUUUUGGAUAAUAAAGUGAUAUUUUAAAUUUUUUAGACAUCUUAGACAUUGUUACAGUCAUGCAGUUCAAAAUUAAUAUUUUACCAAAUUAUAACUCAGUGGUACCUCACACCUAAAAGACUAUCCUUAAUAUCAUCUAACCACUCUCCGUUAUGCUGGAAAAACUGUGGUGAAGUCGGUGAUUUUGCCCACUGCUGGUGGAAGUGUCCUCGAAUUACUUUGUACUGGCAUGAGAUUUUGCAUCAAAUCAAAAUUAUAACGGGAUAUGAAAUCCCAUUUCUUCCCCAAGUGAUCUUCCUGGACAUCUGGCAAGAUCCAACAAUACCUUAAUUUAGGCAAAUACUGAUAACUAGCAUGCUGAUAGCAAAAAACCCUAAUUGCAUCAAAAUGGAAAUCACCUCAAGUUCCAACAGUCUCCAGCUGGUUAUCCAGGGUUUGGGACAUUCUCAUACAAAAUAACAGAUCAUAUCCAACAUUCAAACUCAGACAAUGAUAUCUCAAAAUUCACAGAGAAAUGGUUUCCUUUUAUUACAGCAACUGAUAUUCAACCACACACACCAGAAUAUCUUGAUCUCUACUUAUAAGUUUUUAAUAUUUUUCUUCAGUUUUGUUUUUUGUUUCUUUUUCUUUUACUAGUACUUUUUAUUUCUCUCUUUUUCUACCUUCCUUUUCUUUUACUGUGUUAGUCGUGGAUCACACCUAAUAGUAACUACUUGAUAGUAAUUUUUGGAAUAAUCUGUAAUAGUUUGCAUAAAAAUUAUUUAGGCAGUUAAGAAUUCUUAGCAAUGCUUACUUAAUAGUUUAAUGAUAAUAUGGGUUCAAUUAGAUUGCUUGUAUUUUGAUGCAAGAAUUAUUGCCUUAACUUUAAUCUUGUUUUCAUCUUGAUCUCUCUCCUUGGAUAGAAAAUUGGUCUACAUAUCUAGACACAUCUAUAUAACUUAAAAUUCUUACUAGAUAUUUUAUUGUAUGUAUGUAAGUAUUUAUGUUUGUUUAUAACAUGAUUCCAUAAGAUUAAUUGUAUAUGAGUAUUAAUAUUGAUAUUAACUUGUAUAUUUUCAAAAUUCAAUAAAAUAUAUAAAUGAAAAAA